AUGUUGGAUGGAUUCGGAACGGUGUGUAAGGGAUUGGGACGUCGCACAAAGCCGUAUUUACCACAAAUUUGUGGUACUAUCUUAUGGCGAUUAAACAAUAAGUCAGCAAAAGUUCGACAACAAGCUGCAGAUUUGGUUGGUUGA